AGAUGAAGGGUGAGCGCGCGCAGUUGGCCACGCUGCCACAUUGGCUGGCCCGGCGGUGCCCGACUGGCGCGCUUCUCAGCGGAGGGGUGGGCCACGCCGGGCCACGCCGCGCUGGGCCAAGCGGCUCGAUGGGCCACUAAGCCACCUCAGUGCGCCGCGCGCAGCGGCUGUGAACGGGAGUCUCCACGCCGCCGCGCCGGGCUUGCUUGGGCUACGCCGGGCCACAGUCACAACAGACAUGGGCGUCUGCAGCGUCAUAGGCUGCAAGAGCCGCUCCAAAGAGAGGCGGAUGCCACACCGGGCCUCCGAGGGCGUCACCUUCCACGCGUUCCCGUCCAAGAACCUGGCGCUGCGGGCGCGCUGGUGCAUGGCCAUCCGCGGCGAAGGCUGGUUGCCGUCCAAGUACGCCAAGGUGUGCAGCAAGCACUUUGAGGAGCGGUGCUUUGACCGGUCCGGCCAGACCUGCCGCCUCCGCGAGAACGCCAUGCCCACCAUGGGCAUCGACCCGCACAGGUUGGCGAUGGCGCUGUCCAACACGCAAGGCAAGUGUGAGUUCAUGGAUGCGCCACAGAUCGACCCCCUGAGCGACCCUCACGGUCAUUCGUCCGCCUUCGUCAACGUGGUCGCCGAGGCCGUGCUGAACGCAUUUGAACCGGCCGCCACAGCUUCCAAUUCGCUCCCUGCUUCUGACCGGCGGGGGGCGUACUCCGUGGAGGCGGACAGCUACCGCUGCGAGAACCACCACGAGGAGGUGCUGUCACCCGACGAGUGCAACAAACUCAUGUACUCGCUCAACCUGGGUGACGGUAGGAAAAUCAAAUUAGUCUACUCGGUGCCCAGAGGGCAGUGUAUAAAUUUGUUUUAAAAUGCUGGUGGUAACUAUUAUUUUUAAGCGCCAUUUGUCGUAGAGCAAGAGUGCAAAACUUUUACACUACCUGUGAUAUCAAAUAAACUAAAGGUGGUACUCCAAUGACGCAAUCUACGCUACCCAUCACCUGCGAUUUCGUGUAUUUAAUUUACGCGUACAACUCGGGUUGUGGUUAAGAGUUCGGAUGUGUGUGAACAAUAAAUAUGACUAUACACCUUAUGAUUGUAUUUCGCGAUGUAAAAACACGAAAUCUCAAGUGAAGGGUGACGGAUGAUGGGUGAUAUGGGUAGCGUAGAUUGCUCCAUUGGAGAUCCACGUUAAUUAUUUGUGUCUAGAUUAAGCCGAAACUUGUCAAGUUUAUAGGGUAAGGUGCCGUGAGAAAUAUUUUUGGUUGGUGUCUUUAAUAUAAUUUGUUUAUUUUAUCGUAAAUUGAUAAUUUUGUUCGCGUGGGCAGGCGUGUGAGAGUGAUUGACCUCAAAAUGAUAUAAAGUCCACUUUGAUUUCUACUUUGAAAGAGAUGUACAUUUUCUCUUUUUUUAUGCUUGUUCUAAUAAACAACGGACACGUAA